GUUUUCCUGCGCGGUGAUUGGUCCGAUUCUCGUGGUCUGUGGGCUGGUAUUUUCAACACUCGGACAGAACAUGGCGGCGGAUCAGCAGUGGACGGGUGCGGACCCCGGUUUCCCGGACCUACCGCCCGACUUUAGCGGCAACACUGGCUUCGAAGAUGGGUUGCUGGACGACAUUGACGACAUGCUGCAGCAGUUUGGAGAUGGAAAUGGAGACUUCCUUCUCAAUGCAGCUCUCGACCCGCUGGUGGGCGGUCAGGACACCUCCAGCCUCCUGUCUCCCCCCAUCUCACCCCCUAGGGACCAGUUCAACUUCACCUCCAACAUGAACCCUACAUUACCACAGCAGCAACAACAGCCCCAACCCCAGCAGGACACCGCAACACUACAGCAUUACGGGAACGCACAGAACGUCUCGCUUCAGAACCUCCUCAACUCGCAGCGGAGCGGGAGCUUCAGUCCCAACAACGGCGUGCAGGUGACACAGCAACAGCAGCUGUACCAGCCCCAGAGUACAUCUCCGCAGCUACAGCAGGUGCAGAGACAACCGCAGCUGUCUCCUGCCAGCCAGGCGCCGUCUCCACAACCAGUACAGCAACAGGGACAGAUUCACCAGGUGGUCAUCCAGCCCCAGGUACUAUCAAUCAUCAAAACCGACUCGUCAACAUGCUCCACAGCCACAACAGCCACAGUGUCCACUCCGCUACAAACGGCCGUUGUCAACGGCAACACCAUUCUAACCACCACCAUUCCAAUGAUCAUCGACGCGGAGAAGCUGCCCAUCAAUCGACUCACAGUGGCGAAACCGGCGUCUCCUGUUCAGAAGGUGGAGAAGCGGUCCUCCCACAACGCUAUUGAGAAGCGCUACCGUAGCAGCAUCAACGACAAGAUCAUUGAGCUGAAAAACCUGGUCGUUGGAGAAGAGGCAAAGAUGAACAAAGCUGGAGUCCUGAGGAAAGCCAUUGACCACAUCCACCACCAGGAAAAGAUCAUCAACAAACUCAAACAGGAGAAUCUGCAACUCAAGAUGGCACUUCAGAAGAGAGCCUCCUUGUCAGAGUUGGUGGUAGGAGGACAGAAUGAAGCGAAGGUGGAGACUCUAGACAUGCUGACGCCUCCAUCAUCUGAAACUGGCUCCCCUCGGCGGUACCUGUCAGAGUGCAGCAGCGACUCUGAGCCUGGCAGCCCUGAGAGCAUUAAGGUGAAAAAGGAGGAAGAUGCCUUCAAUCCCUGCGGCUUGCUUGACCGCACCAGGGUUGCCCUCUGUGUCUUCAUGUUUGCCUGUCUGGCCUUCAACCCGUUUGGCACACUGUUCGGCGGUGUCGGCGGUGGUGCUGGUAUCGGUGCUGACUACAUGCAGGCGCACACGGGAGGACGUACUCUGCAGGGCGACGUAUCAGCUGUAGAGCUCAGCUGGCAGGAGUGGUUGUUCCCCACGCUGUGGUUGUGGCUGCUCAACACGGUGGUGGUGUUGGGGGUGCUGACGCGGAUUCUCGUGUAUGGUGAACCAGUUACUGUCCCCCGAACCAAGGCCUCUACCACGUUCUGGAGGCACCACAAGCAGGCCGAGGUGGACAUCUCCAGGGGUGAUUACGCUUCAGCCACGCAGCAUCUCCGGAUCAGUCUGACCGCGAUCGGCCGCCCGCUUCCCACGUCCAAGUUCGACCUGGCCUCCAGCCUGUUCUGGAACGUGCUGCGGCAGGGUCUCCAGCGGAUGUGGAUCGGGCGCUGGCUGGCAGGCUGGGCCGGGCGUGGCGUCGGGAAGGAGCACGGGAAGACGUCAGCGCGGGAUGCGGCACUGGUGUACCACAAACUGCACCAGAUGCACAUGACAGAUCACCUCCCGUGUGGUCGGCUGGCUGCCAUCCACAUGGCUCUCUGUGCUGUGAACCUGGCUGAGUGUGCAGAGGAGAAGCUGAGCUGCGAGUCUGUGGCUGAGAUCUACAUCACGGCUGCCCUCUGUGUCAGGAAGAACUUCCCAGAGAGGAUGCACUUCCUCGCUCGUUACUUCCUGAGCCUGGCGCGACAGGUGUGCAGCUCACGCGGAGAGGAGACUCCCGCGUCGCUACAGUGGCUCUUCCACCCGCUGGGACACCGCUUCUUCGUGGAUGGAGACUGGAGCUUCCAGGAGAAGGACAGCAUGUUCAGCUCCACAGGAAACCCAGUUGAUCCUCUGUCCCACCUGAGCCAAGCGUUCCGGGAGCACAUGUUGGAGAAGGCCCUGUACUCGUUGGUCACACCUUCCAACACUAACAACAACAACCCCUCCAUCGCAACAGCAGACACUGAAGACAAACCUGUCAGUUGCACCCAGCUGACAGACACCCAGGAGUACCUGCAGCUCCUGAGCGAGUGUGCGGACUCCGCUGGCUCCUCCAAGCAUGUCACCUUCACCAUAUCCUCCAGCAUGGCGACCAUGCCAGGCGUGGACGCCGUGGGAAAGUGGUGGUACUCUGUCCUGAGCGUGGCCUGCUAUUGGCUGGUCGGGGAAGAUGAGGCAGCUGAGAGACACUACGCGGUGGUGGACAGUCUUCCCAAGCAACUGGACCAAUCUGAGGAUAUGCUGCCCAAAGCGGUGCUGUCUGCCUUCCGUGCUCGUCGGCUGCUGUUGAGCGGAGGGGAGGACAACAGUCACAGCUGUCUCCUGUACUGUGACAAGGCAGGGGCGCUGCUCCGACACAGCAUUGGCAUGGCAACCACCAAUGAACAACAGGCUUCCAAGCAGGCGGUCCAGUUGCUGGUUUGUGAUUGGUUGCUGUCGACACGGACGGCAGUGUGGCAGGUGGCGUGUAACAGCGGUCCCAUUGGUGCCAGCUGCGCCCGACCGACCGAGCUUCACGGCUUCCAGGAGGACCUGGCCAGUCUGAGGAAGAUCGCACAGGGACUCAAACCUGCACUGUCACGGGUGUUCCUCCAUGAAGCCACAGCACGUCUCAUGGCAGGUGCCAGCCCCGCCCGCACCCAGCAGCUCCUUGACCGCAGUCUGAGAAGACGAAACAUCUCACAGAAAGGUGACACCACAUCCUUCCAGAUCGGCGAGCGUGAGCGUGCGUCUGCGCUGAUGAUGGCGUGUAAGCACCUCCCCGCGCCCGUUCUCUCGUCCCCCGGGCUCCGUGCAAGCAUGCUCAGCGAGGCGGCGCAGACGUUAGAGCACCUCGGUGAUCGCCGGGCGCUACAAGACUGCCAGCAGAUGAUCCUACAGCUAAACGUGUCGCCAGUCUCAAGCUGAGACAAUGUUCCAAAAUGAGCCAUGGACCAAACCAGGGCUGUGUUCAGGACAGAAAGUUGCACAUUGAGAUGAACAAAAAAUUUUGUCCAAUGUAGUCCAAAAUUCCUGACAUCAUUGAUGAAAAAUAACAACAUGGGCUACCAAACAUAAAGUGGGAUGGAAUAAAAUUAAACGCUGGGGAUAGCCCUGGUCUAAACUCAGUGGAUAGUUAAGUUAAAGAAAAAGUUCAGAAAUAGUAUGUAUCAAGUUUUGUGUUAACUUAUUGUGAAAGAAUAUCUGUGCAAAACGUGCAAGUACUUAUCAUGAGUCAGAGUUUUUCAGUUGCAAUUUUGAUAGUAAAAAGUAUCAAUGGAUGGAAUUAUAAAGCUAAAUCAAGCAUUCUUGAAGUGAAAUUUAUUUUCUUGGCGAGUACUGAACUGAUUCAGUAUUUGAUCUGUGAUAAAGUAUGUGAUAUGACAUGUUGAUCUAGUUUGUAUAUCUUGUUUUGUACCUCAGAAUGAACCACACUGGAUGUGU